GGCUGUGCCGCGCCGGAUCUGCCUGCGACCUGGACGGCUGGCUGUUGCUCCUGCGCUGUGCGCGAAAAUGCGACUCCUGCCGGCCCCGAUCCGGCGCUCCUGGCCGCUGUCCCUCUUCGUCCUGGUGCUCCUGCUGGCGGGGGAGCCCUGGGCCCGCCUGGCGUCGAGCCGCGCCGCCUCCUGCCAGCAGCAGCAGCCCCCGCAGCCCCCGCGCCGGCUCAGCGGGCGAGAGAAGCGCGAGAUGCAGCGCGAGAUCCUGGCCCUCCUGGGCCUGCCGGGCAGACCCCGCGCCCGGGCGCGACCUGCCCCGCCGCCCGCCGCCGCCGCCCGACAGCACCUGCAGCCGCCACCCUCGGCCGCGCCGCUCUUCAUGCUGGACCUGUACCGCGCCAUGGCCAGCGAGGACGACGACGACGAGGACGACGAGGAGAGCCCGUGGCCGCUGCCGGGCUGGGCGCACAGCCCCCAGCGGAGCCGGGCCGCCGACGGGGCGGACACCGUCAUGAGUUUCGUCAAUCUGGGCCACAGCAACUGCAUGGAGAAGACAGCCAGCAGCCAGGGCAGCAAAGUUGAACUGGACUGGGGCAUCUUCCACCAGAAGCCUUACUGGAAGGAAUUCAGGUUCGACUUGACACAGAUCCCAACGGGAGAGUCUGUAACAGCAGCUGAAUUCCGAAUUUACAAGAUGCAAAGCUUCAGUUGGCGUAGCAACAGAACUCUUCACAUCAGCAUAUAUGAGAUAGUCCAAGAACAUCCUAACAGGGACCCAGAGCUCCUUCUCUUGGACCUACAAGACUUCCUGGCAGGGACAGAGGGCUGGCUGGUGUUUGACGUUGCAGCUGCCAGUAAUCACUGGCUGUUAAACCGCAAAUACAACCUGGGAUUGAGGCUUUAUGUGGAGACAGAGGACGGACAGAGCGUCGAUCCUGGAUUAGCAGGCCUCUUGGGUCGCCGUGGACCCCGCUCCAAGCAGCCCUUUGUGGUGACAUUCUUCCGGGCGAGCCAGAACCAAGCCAGAGUCCCCCGUGCCGUCAAACAGCUGAGGAAGAGGCAGCACAAGAAGUCAAACACCUUCCCCCACUCAAACAGACUUCCAGGGUCAUUUGAUGAUAGACAUGUUUCUGAAGGGAGGCUGGUGUGCAGAAGGCAUGAGCUCUACGUCAGCUUUCAAGACCUUGGAUGGCUGGACUGGGUGAUUGCACCACAGGGCUACUCUGCCUUCUACUGUGAAGGAGAAUGCGCUUUCCCUUUGGAUUCCUGCAUGAAUGCCACCAACCAUGCCAUCCUCCAGUCCCUGGUCCACCUGAUGAAGCCAGAUGCCGUCCCCAAAGCCUGCUGUGCACCCACCAAGCUCAGCGCCACCUCAGUCCUGUACUAUGACAGCAACAACAACGUCAUCCUCAAGAAACACCGCAACAUGGUGGUGAAGACCUGCGGCUGCCACUGACGCCCUGGUAGAGUCUGGAUUGCUCCUGGGGGCAGGAAGGGGAAAGGAAGGGAGGAAGGAAGGAAGGAAGGAGCAGAAGAGAUGCCAAGGCUGCAGGCAGUGAGCACCUGUUGCCCGUGUCUGGAAGAGGAAGCCCCCGAUCCAUGAAAAGGAAGGGAAUGUACAUCUUUCCACUGUACGCUAAAAGUGAAGGAGUCAGCUGUUCUCUCUUGACCUUGCGCUGACCCGGACUCAGGCCAUUUGCCUAGAGGUCGGUUUGUUCACAUCCUCAGCAAAUGCAACAAUCUCUCACAGAAAAAGCUUUGCCAAGGAAACUAAAACAUGAUCUGGCUACACAUAUAGGUCUGUUUUGUAUUCUGUGCCAAACCUCCGCACAGAUCCUGCCCUGUAAAUUAAAUUAAACUUAAAAGUGCACAGCAGAAAACCAGGCAAAGCAGUAAGCCCUUUUUGUACGCUUAUUUUUUAAAUCCCUGAUAUUUUUCAGGGCUUUUAAAAUAGAAUGCAGAGCCUAAUUUUGCAAGGAACAACAUGAGCAACCGUUGGUGAGUAGCUGUUGCCCCUCCGGAAGACUGGAGCCUUUCGCAAGGCCCCUGGCACAGUGUGGGGUCUCUCUUCAGCUCUGUGGGCAAGAGCUUUCUUUGAAAGUCCAGUAUUCCCAGAAUCUCAGGCUUCUGCACAAGCUGCCUCCACAUGAGCAGAACCAGAGGGAAGGAAGUCUUCUGGCACUGGGAGGCAGCCAACUGCACAAGGACUCUGACAAAGAUGAGCACCGGGGCUGUACCUGGUUGCCCCAUCAAAAACCCAGAGCCUCUGCUGCAGCUACAUAGCCAGUCUUUUUCCCCUGUGUCAACGGAAGGAAGAUCUGCUUCGGGUUAAAGUGAAGCUGACUGCUUUUAUAGGAACGUAAGAUGCUGCCUUCCACCGAGUCAGACCAGUGGUCCAUCUCGUUUAAUAGUAUCAAUACUGGCUAGCAGCUCUCUGGGGUUUCCAACCAGGGUCUCUCCCAGCCCUCCCUGGAGAGGCUGAGGACCUUCGGCAUGCAAAGCAGAUGCGCUGCCUACCACUGAGCUGUGGCUCUUCCCCAUACUGCCCAGUCAAAUGGCUCCCACUUCAUUCCCACAUCAUGUAAGAGAAAUGGAUGACCCUAUUCACUGGGAGGGGGUGCUAUCAAAUCGCACAAAAAUAUGACCACAGGCUUUGUGGUAAGCUCACCCUCCCCCCAUAUUUGCCUUAAGAUGACAGCUACACUUCACUUACAACGUUGGUUACACUCGCCCAGUUCACCUCCUUAAACAUGAUUUUCAUUGACGGCUGCAAAUGAAGCAGCAAUUAAGGCAAGGCGGCUACUGCAGUCUUCUGUGAAACCCAGGCCCAAAUCAUCUUCAUCACGGUUUCAAGCAGCACUUUAACCCCUUCCUUGAAAACCCACCAGCCAUUUUCUGUGUUUGGGUGCCUGACUCACUCUCUGUUCUAAAGCAUUGACUUCCAAAAUAUUAACAGAAAUACACAUUUAAAAAAUGUUUAGAACAUGGCUUUAACUAUGCUGGUGUAAAGCAGCCUUUCCCAACCUGGGAAGUUUUAGACUAUAACUCCCAUCAGCCCCAGAAGUACAGGCAUUUUAUUUGGCCGAAGCUGAUGGGAGCUGUAGAUUAAAAACAUCUGGAGGGCACCUAGUUGGGAAAGACUGGUGCAGUGUCACUGAAGGGAGCAGGGAAUCAACAAAUCUGGUCCAUCCAGAUUGUACAAAAUGCUUGUUUUCUUGAAGAUUGUGAGGCAACUUUGCACACUGCAUUUAUAGGUGUAAUCCUAAAAUAACAGUGUGAGAAUGCGGCAGGCACAUACAUCAAACAUGAAACCUCAUCAGGGAGCCAUAAGGUUGCCACUUCCUGUUGGGUCUCUCCUGGGGGGCUAACUCAGGUUUGGCUCUGCACGAUGUGUGAAGUUGGCAGACAAACUUAACUGAGCAGGAAAAUAGUGACAGACUGGUAACUACUCAGUUACUUUCAACUCCCUCUGCGUGGUGUAGUGUUACUGCCAUUACAAAGCAAGUUAUGGUUUUGUUUUAUUUUUUCUCCAAUAAAUUCCCGGAAGGUUUGCUAUCUGCUUUUAAAAGUGUCAGCCAGAGAGAGAUUUG